CUUUUUUCACACUCGAUAAGCGCUUUAUACCUUACUUUAUUUAAUAAAAAAUUUGGGAAAAAAAAAAUCCUGACACAGCGAAACCAAUUCAGUCCAUAUGAAAUUGGGAGAAUUAUGCACGCGGAUUUGAGAUGAAUUCCCAAUUGCGCACGCGGAAUCCGCAGUGAAUAAGGCCAAAAUGGAUCGAAUUGACCGGACCCAGUGAAAUAGCGAGAUGGAUCGAUCACAGCCACAAAGUCAAGAAAUGUGGGCGAAAACAAAUUAAAAGUCUGGUAAACGUGGUGGGGAGGAAAAAAAAGAUCAUGGGCAUGAGCACGCAGGGUGUAGCUAUGGCGGGAAUGAAGCUGUGGAGUGACGAUGCAAUGGUGGAGGCUUUCAUGGCUUCGUCGGCUUCGCAAGCGGAUUAUGGGUGGAGCAGUGGCGGCGCAACGGUGGCGGCGGCGGAGGGUGGGGGAAACUCUUUGUUCAAUCAGGAGACUCUGCAACAGAGGCUUCAGAUGCUAAUUGAGGGCGCUCGGGAGAACUGGACUUAUGCUAUAUUUUGGCAGUGGUCGUAUGAUGCGGGCUCUGGGGCGGUUUUCUGCUGGGGCGAUGGGUACUUCAAGGGGGGCGGUGCACCGGAGGAGGAGAGGCAGAGGAGUGUGGCUGAGCAGGAGCUGAGGAAGAAGGUGCUGCGGGAGCUGCACUUGCUGAUUAAUGGGGCCGGUGGAACAGCGGAUUCCCCGGCGGCUGAGGCGGAUGAAGAGGUGACUGAUGCGGAGUGGUUUUAUUUGGUGUCGAUGACGCACACUUUUGGGGGCGGGGAUGGAGUGGCUGGGCAGGCGUUUCUGAGCGGCCAGCCGGUCUGGCUUUGUGGGGUGCAGAGGAUGGAGGGGUCUGCGUGCGAGAGGACUAAACAGGCGGCUCAGUUUGGCAUUCGGACCGUGGUAUGCAUUCCUACUCCUAAUGGUGUUGUGGAAUUGGGGUCUGUGACUUUGUUACAGGAGAACUGGGGACUUGUUCAACAGGCUAAGGCAUCUUUUACCUUUCCUUCAUUUAACUUGUGGGAAGACAAUGGAAACAAUAACAAUACUGCAACCAUCAAUAGUAGUAGUAAUAUCAACAGCAGCGACAACUUUUGUAACCAUAACCAGUCCUUGUGGGUUCCGGGCUCCCCAUUUUUUAGUGGGCAUGUCCAGGAAUUGCCCUCUGUCGAUUUGGGUUUCUUUGGUAGUGAAGAAGGUAGACACCCAAUUUCCAAUCUUACCCCAGCCCCAACUCCAAUUCCAAGCCCGACCCCUUUGCCUUCUGAGAAACCCUUACUUGUACCGGAAAAUUCCAGUUCCACUGCUUUCUCUGCCAAGAGGCACACCCAAAGCCCUCUGGAGGAAAACCGGAGCACUUCCUCCUUUUCUGCUCAGAAGCCUGCUGUAGUCCUUGAAGAGCACCCGUCAUUUCCACCUGCCCAGAAGAAUCCCAUCUUGGAAGGACCGCUGUCAUCCGUGCACAAGAGUGGGGUAUUUGAUGACAAGUCUAGUGCCUUGUCAUAUUCUGUAGCUCAGAAACCCACCCAAAAUCACAAUUCUUUGCUGUACCCUGCUGCUGCUCAGGAGCCUCCCCAGAAUCACAGUUCUUUGUUGUACUCUUCCGCUUCUGUCCCUACUCAGAAGCCUCCCCAGAAUAAUAAUUCUUUGUACUCUUCUGCGUCUGUUCCUACUCAGAAGCCUACGCAAAAUCACAGUUCUUUGUUGUAUUCCGCUACAGAGAAGCAUGCUGCUGUAUGCGAUGACAGUAACAAUUUUCUCUCAUAUUUGAACACUCCGAAACCUGCCGCACUUAGUGGGUCUUCACAGUAUCUGAAUCACAGCGUGGUGCAAGUUCUGGAACAGAACAGCAAUGGAUCCCCACCAUUCUCUGUUCAGAAGGCUGUGGAGAACAAGAGAAGUUUUUCACCAAAGGAGGAGGAGGCUGACAAUUCAAAACCCAUGUUGCGAUUUUCAAAUGGUGGUAUCCAGCAGGAUACUUUUCCAAAUGGAGAAUCUCGGAACUUAAUGGAAGAGAAGAUGAAAAAACAAAAGACUCUUGAAGAGAAGCAUGGUUCCUUGCCUUCAAUUUCAUCCAGUGGGUUUUUUGGUGGUGUCCGAUCUGGCGCUGAGUCAGAUCAUUCUGAUGUUGAAGCUGCCUCCUUCAAGGAAAUAGAAGAAUCUGUCGUUGAGAAGAAGCCUCGAAAAAGAGGAAGGAAGCCUGCUAAUGGGCGAGAAGAACCCUUGAAUCACGUCGAAGCUGAGCGACAGCGGCGAGAGAAGCUGAAUCAGAGGUUUUAUGCACUUCGAGCUGUGGUGCCCAAUGUAUCAAAGAUGGAUAAAGCUUCAUUGCUUGGUGAUGCUGUAUCGUAUAUUAAUGAACUCAGAAGCAAGGUACAGGAACUUGAGAUUGAAAGAAAGGAGCUUGAAUCCCAAGUUGAAUCUACCAAGAAGGAAUUGCUGUCGUGCCACUCUGGCUUAGCUGGCAGCACCUUUGGGUUUGUUAAGGAUCAUUCUGUUUCUUCCCGGGUGCCUGAUAACAAAGGAUUUGGCACAAAGCAGUGCCCUGGAUUGGAUUUGGAUGUCCGAGUUCUUGGUCCGGAAGCCAUGAUCAGAAUCCAGUCUGCUAAAAAGAAUCAUCCUGCAGCAAGAUUGAUGACAGCAUUGCAAGAACUAGAACUUGAUGUUCAUCAUGCUAGUGUCACAACGGUCAAUGAGUUAAUGCUUCAAAAUGUUAUUGUAAAAUUGCCAAAACGUUUGUACACAGAAGAGCAACUCAGUACCAUCCUCUUUGAAAAGUUAUCAGAUCCAGGAUUUAGUUAACUAUACGGUAGGAAAUUCUUAUUGUAACUAUUGCAUAGCGGGAAUCUAUCCGGAUAGGAUUAUGAAUAGGGUCUGUAAUAUACUAUGAUGGCAUGGAAAUCAAAGUUUCUCUGCAAGGAAGAGAACUGGCUCCAGAAACUCUAUUUCAAUAGUAGCAUGUGUUUCAAAAGCUAGUCCUGUAACCUAACUUCCUAUUCAGAUAGAUGUUGUCUCUAGCAUCUAGAGGAGGGAUGUCCUGUAAAAAUAUAUACUGCCGAGGAAAGUUGACUGUCGGGAACUGAAUCCAGAAGCUGUUUUCAACAUAGAAGAUGAUCGGUGUUUUUCUUCGGUGGGAUUGGACGGGAAAUGAGGUCUUCUCUAGUUUCUUGGAAUGUUGUGUGCUACUUUUUUGGCCAAAGGUAGCUGGAAUCUGCAUCCUGUCAAAAUUUGGUAAAAGUCAAUUCUAAGAUAAUGUUGUGAACUUAACUCAUUGGCUUGUUCCAUAUUAUUAGAGUACAGCAAGCAGCUAGAUUAUUGAGAGAGCUGCGCUCAUGUUUCUUGAAUGCUAAUUCAGAUCUCAAAGGUGCAUUCAUUAUGGGUGAUGCUUAGUUCAUAAGAUUACAGUGGAAUUGGACCCGGGGGACAUGACAUCCUUGGAUUAGGUUGCUGUGGGAUUCCAAUUAGCCCUGUAAAGUCAGGUGCUGAAAUUGAUGCCUCGAGAAUAUUCUCGGAAAGAAAUGCGGCUACUUGUAUUGUAUGCUUUCUAAUGCUAGUAUAGGGCGAUAUGGUUCCUGUAAAUUAGUACCCUCCUUACUACUGUACUGAAAUGAAUAGAAGAUAGGAUGCCUGCCAGGGUGAAGAGCAAGUAAGCAGAUAUGUGUAUCGCUGACCUUGCCAGAUACUGCUUUGCAGUUAUUUGCUUAUAAAGCAGGCUAUGAGGGGUCCUGAUCUUCAGUUACCUGAAACACAGUUUUCAAUGAACUGGGAAGAUACGAUCAACAUUUGAUGUAGAAAACACAUUCUAAAUCUUGAGUUUUAUCUUUUACAGUUUAGUACCAAACCCACCUCAUAGAGAGUGAGUGCUAAAUUGAUAAUUCCUUCUCAGCUUCCGGAAAGAUUGAUGCUACUUAAAUAAUUUUAUGAACUCUGGCAUUGAGUUAUUUUAUUACUUCAAAGUUUAAAUAUCUCUGAAUUGAUACUCUGUAAGAUUGCAAUAAUAGAUAAUGCCUUUUGAUGCUA